CUGUUGAGAACCAGCUCCCCACUCCCUGUUACUCCACAGGAAACUGACAACCAGCCAUAGGAAGGGGACCUUCGCUGCUGGUGCGGUCAGGAUGGAAGCCAACUUCUCCAGCGCUCUGAACAGCUCAGAAUUGGUGGUCUACGACUCUGCCAUCUCCAGAGCCCUGUGGAUCCUCUCAAUGGUGGUCCUCUCCAUCACCUGUGUCCUAGGUGUGCUGGGCAAUGGGCUGGUGAUCUGGGUGGCUGGAUUCCGGAUGGCACACACCGUUACCACCGUCGGCUACCUGAACCUGGCUUUGGCGGACUUCUCUUUCACAGCUACUUUACCCUUCCUCAUCGUCUCCAUGGCCAUGAAAGAAAAAUGGCCUUUUGGCUGGUUCCUGUGCAAACUAGUUCACAUCGUGGUGGACAUAAACCUGUUUGGAAGCGUCUUCCUGAUCGCUCUCAUUGCCCUGGACCGCUGUAUCUGUGUACUGCACCCGGUGUGGGCUCAGAACCACCGCACGGUGAGCCUGGCCAGGAAGGUGAUGGUCGCACCCUGGAUUCUUGCUCUGACCCUUACCGUACCACUGUUCCUUUUCUUAACCACAGUAAGACACCCAGGAGGGGAUGUGUACUGUACAUUCAAUUUUUUAUCCUGGGGUGACACCCAACAAGAGAGGUUGAGCGUGGCCAUCACCAUGUUGACAGCCAGAGGGAUCGUCCGGUUCAUCAUUGGAUUCAGCAUGCCCAUGUCCAUUGUCGCCAUAUGCUACGGACUCAUUGCUGCCAGGAUCCACAGAAGAGGCCUUGUUAAUUCCAGCCGUCCCUUGCGCGUCCUAACCGCUGUUGUGGCUUCUUUCUUCAUCUGCUGGUUCCCCUUUCAGCUGGUUGCUCUUCUUGGCACUGUCUGGCUCAAAGAGACACUGUUGAGUGGAGGGCAUCAAGUCCUUGACAUGUUGGUCAACCCAACAAGCUCCCUGGCCUUCUUCAACAGCUGCCUCAACCCCAUGCUCUACGUUUUCAUGGGCCAGGACUUCAGAGAGAGACUGAUCCAAUCCCUGCCUGCCAGUCUGGAGAGAGCCCUGAGCGAGGACUCGGCCCAGACCAAUGUCACAGACACCAACUCUUCUUCACUCCCUGCAAACACCAAGUUAUAGGCAACAUGGGGAGAGGGCCAGGUGCCGUCUUGUCCCAUGAUGGCCUCACUUCAGCCUUAUCUAACCUUGUGCCAUACUCUUGAAUGUUACUCUGGAAAAAUACUUCUGUAUCCCUUGA